GUGAAGGAAUCUUUUUCUUCUUCUUUUAGAUUCCAUGUGCACCAGCCUCUCCAGCCUCUCCAGCCUCUCCUCCACCAUGACGCACGUCGCUCCUCUUCUCUGCCUCAUUUUCACAUCAUCUCUCCUGAGCUGGUCGGCUGCAGGAUCCUCGAUCCUCUGCACCUGGACUAAAGUUUUACCAAAUGCAGAAGUCCACUACAGUUUCCUCCGGAGCGACCCCCUGCAGGCCUCUCCAUCCCUGCGGCUCUACCACAGCGCAUGGUCCUUGGAGCGCUCUCUGCUCCGCUGCGCUUGGAGCGACGACGCAGAAGUGAUCCACAACUAUUUUUACGCGUGCCAGGAGCGCACUCAUGAGUUCUCAGAUCACCCAGAUGAGAAUAUCGACGUGGAGUCCAUGUUGGAGGAGGCUGAGGAGCUGUGCGUCUCUGUGGCUGCUCCAGGGGUCGGAGAGCCACAGAGAGCAGACAGACAGCAGAAGAGGCCGGUGAGGAGCGUUGAUGGACGCACAGAGGCUGAGAAUCAUCAAGGUCAAGCUGAAAGGUCAGAGGUCAGGACCCAUCUGCGCGUCAAGCGUGGUUUCAUUGUUCCAGGGACCUUGUGGUGCGGCUCUGGGAACAAGGCGCCAUCAUACGCAGAUUUGGGAGUUUUUGCCGACACCGACAGUUGCUGCCGUGAACACGACCAGUGCAAACACACCAUUCUGUCCUUUCACUCCCAGUUUGGUGUCUUCAACAGCAACAUCUUCACCAUGUCUCACUGUGACUGCGACAACAAGUUUCACAGUUGUCUGAUGGAGGCCAAUGACAGGAUAUCUGACGUGGUGGGAUACACCUUCUUUAACCUGCUGAAGAUGCACUGCUUUGAGUUAUCCCACCAGCUCCAGUGCACAGAAAGAAACUGGUUUGGCAUGUGUAAGGAGACUAAAAUGGCUCCCUACGCUGAGGUGCACCCCCCCACGCAGUACGACUCUCCCAAUCCAACGGAGGUCAGCGUGAACAGCUCCGUCAUAAACGCCACCGCACCCACAGAGAUGCUGGUGACGUCUGACUCCACCUCUGCUGCAGCAUCCACACUCACUACACCUUCAACCAGCUCCCAGUCGGCCUCCGUCGCCCCGGUUACCAACAUCACCACCGUUACCAACGUUACCACCUCCACAUCAGAGGGAGACGACCUGGAGAACACUUUACCCUCCAAAAAACAAACUCUGUCUGGGCUGGAUGUCACAGAGAAGCAGCUGUCAUGUGACGUCUACAAGGACCUCGAUAAGUGCAGGAAGAAGAUCCUCCCCAAGCAGAAGAAAUAUGGCCUCUACAACCCAGAGACCAGGACGCAGUACCACUGCAACUGUACCAGCCGAUUAUUCCAGAAUUUGGCUAAACAGGGACAACUGACCGAAGUACAGUCCAUUCUGAUGGGACAUGUGUCUCAAUCCUGCUUCCUGCCACAAGACUGCCCAGCUGGCCAGAUCUGUUCAUCAGUUCUGGUGAGAGCAGAGCUUCCUCAGGAGGACCAGAGCAGCAGAGCAGACAUGGAGGAGCACCGCCAUCUACAGGCCAUCGAGCUGAAGGUCAGGAGGCCAAACGUGAGGAGAGCCAAGAGGAAAGACAGAGCGGUCCGGCUCCACAAGCUGUGUCUCAGGAUGGUCCGGCCCAAACUCAACCAGAACCAGACCAGAACUCAGGGUCAGGAUGCACGUGGGUCGGCUGUGAGAGGAUCAGAGAUGGUCUGAGUGGGAAGAGUACGGAGAGUCAGAGUGGUCAAUAUUACAUAGAUGAAUAAUAUUUAUGUAUAUUAAUUAAUGUUUUUUUGUUUUGAAUGACUGGAAAGAUCAUUUUAAGUUUAGUUUGAUUUCAUUUAUUCAUGGAUAACCAAACCAACACUAUUCCAAGGAAUAAUAUGUUAACUUGAGAACUCUUAUUUCCAAAAAGAUGUUAGAAAAAACAAAACAAAAAUCUGAAAGUUUAUAAAUCAAAUACAUAAAAACUGCUACGUUGUAAUAAAAAUGACCUUCAAUAAACUGAAAACAAAUCAUGAUAAUAAGCUGAGUUUUAAAACUUUGCAUGGUCAUAUAACAUGUUUUUAUCUGCAUCAUAUAAUUAUCUUUUUAUUUAAUAUUGAACACUUUGGG